CAAAAAUAACGAUGAUGAACACAGUUUUUGCAUAUACACCACACGAAUAACUAUUUGAGUGAAAUAGACAAGUUAGCAACAUGCCUAUCACUCGUUCAGAAAGUUGUGCUAUGCGGCCAAUAUGAAUGACGUAAAGCAUUAUAACGAGUCCGUUUACUUAACCAAUCUUCACCAAUUCUUUCAACGAACAUAAUUGCAACAUUCUUUCUUCUCAUCUCGGUUUAACUAACAGAGAUGUGGUUGUCGUUUGUAAUCGUUUACGUUUUAGGUGGUCUCACAUUUCUCCCAUUGUGCGCGCUCAUAGGGUUUUGGCUACUGUCAGCACAUGAUAAAGAUGAAAAACAGCCAACAGAGGAGAUUCCUUACCCCAUAGAAGAUGUAACUCAAUUAGUCGGUACUCAACGGCAGCGAGGGUAUUUGCGAAUUCUUUCGGAUUUGCUGGACAAUAAACCUGGACCUGUUUUAUUAAAGCACGAGAUAGUUAGCAAUAACGCGGUACCAUUACUUUAUGAGGAUGGGAAUUCUGAAACGAAAACUGCACCGUCAAAAAGUCUAUUGCAAGUUAAGAAGCAAAAAAACGUUUAUAAUGCCGUUUUAGAUAAUGGCGUUUUAAACAUAACCAAUCUCUAUGAACCUUAUAAUAAAGUUGAUGCGAUAAAUUUGUCAGAGUACUCCGUUGGCUUUUAUCCGGAUAACCUUCGUGAAGGCGAGGUUUUCUCAAGUAAGAUUGCAAUUCUGCUGAAGAAGAAAAAAUUCUCAACCCCAAAGAAUACGGCAGCUGGAGAGAGCAUAUUAUCACAACAGAAUACGCUUUACAUUUAUACAUGCAGCGCUUUUGAAAAGGAAAACUGGUACCAUGCCUUAUUACAAGCUUCUUCGGGAACUUCGAACCCUUCAGAAACUCCAGUGUACAUGGAUAUUGAGUACGCAAACUCACAAUUGCAAUCAAUGGAAAAUCCCGAUGAUUGUUUGUGGAUUAACGCAUUGUUUGAAAGAGUAUUUAUGGCUUAUUUCAAAACCGAAUCUUUAAAAGACAAAUUAAGAUCAAAACUUAAUAGGAAACUAGCAAAAAUUGAAACUCCAGGAAUAUUAAGUGACAUUCUAAUUACAAAUGUUAACGUUGGCAACACCCUUCCUGCGAUUAAGAAUCCAAGGCUAGAACAAUUUACUAAUGACGGAACUUACAAGGUGCAUUUUAUGCUAGCUUACAAAGGGAACUUUCAGUUAACACUUGAAACGAAAUUGAUGUUUAACUUUGGCUCGAGAAUAAAAAAACGCAGUGUUAAGUUGGCUCUUCGAGUAACGGUAAAUCGAGUUCAAGGACCCGUUAUUGCUGUUAUCAAACCGCCUCCGUCAAAUCGUCUUUGGUAUGCAUUUACUCAUGAUCCAGCAAUGGAAAUGAAAAUAGAACCAAUUAUCAGUACUACUCAAAUUACUUCCACAAAAGUUUUAAAGGCUGUUGAAAACCGGUUCCGACUUAUGCUUAGAAAAACUUGUGUCUAUCCUAUAUUUAACGAUGUUGUAUUCUUUAAAGGAAGCGGAAAUUCAAAACUUGGAGGGGCUUGGGAAUCCUUAACGGCUAUGAAAAGGGCAUUUUCACACGAAGAAUUGCCAAAACCUCAAGUCCUAGAACAGCCCCUUGUGCAAUUGGAAGACACUGUAAUUUCACGGCAAGAUUCUAUUAAUGCUGAUACGGUUAGUAUUGCUGAAACUGAAAUGACAACUAUCAGCAAUGAUGAAAGCACAGAUCUGUCACCAAAAAAUACGACCGAAUUGAGUACAGCAGAAGACGAACUUGCGCGUUUUGAGCAGGGCUUCGAUCAGAACUUAUACGAGUCUACUAUGAAGAGCCUCUCUUUACACGAGGCUCAUACAUCAAUACUUGACAAAACUAAUGUCGCUGUUAAAGAUUUAAAGCAUAGAAAGGCUUUCGUUGAUUUGAAUAAGGAAGAGCUAGAUGAUUCCUCAGAGUCAUCAGAAAUAACGGAGACACAAUCCAUAAACUCGCAAAGGAACGGGAAUACUAUGUAUUUAAACUCGUUGAAAACAACCACUUCCAAAGGCUCAUUUAUUGAAAUGACUAAUGAUAAACGGAUGCAAAAAGUACAAGAAAUAAAAGAGUCCUUUAAAGGAGGAAUGACAGACGCGAAAAAUUCAUUCAAAAAAUGGGGAAGAGAAUACUACCAGAAGAUAAUCAACAAAGUGGAGUAAGCGAGACCCAUUCAAUUCAACCGCUCAGUAAACAUCCCGUACGGAAGCCUAUUACAAAAUCCCUGUCUUGACUAGACAUGCGACUACACUUUCGUAACACCUAAGAAUAAGCUUCACCCUCCCUCACUAUUGAAAUAACACUUAAAUAAUAGGAGCCCUUCUGAAUAGUCCAAAAGGGAAAUGUAUUUCUUAGCAAAGCACACAUUGUAUGAGUACGUCUAGAAACCGUGAAUUUUAAUGUUUCUCUUUUGGAGACCAAGUUGACUAGUCAAGAACUCCAUAACCUUAAUACGUUGGUCACCUUGAAGUUGAAUGACUUCGCCAAGUUCAUCGUCCUUGACGAUAGUACCGUUACAAGCAAAAUCCUGUAAGUUAGUAUCCACGAAGCUUCAAAAAGAAUUACAAAACACUUACUUUCUUCAAAGCACGCAGAAUGCGUUUUUGGUCGUACUCUUGAGGAAGACCUUGAACGGUAGUCAAAGUUUUACGUCCGUUUCUCUGUUGGAUACGAAUGUGAAUGUAGUUCAAAGGCUGAGCAUCAUCAUCACCAGUAUCAGCAAAGGGAUCUAAUAUUGUUAGCUUUGGCAACUUAUUGCAUAAUUUCUCUGACAACAAAAGCCGAAACAAUCCAACUCUCGAUAUUUAAACUAUAUAACAACAUACCAACGAUAUUGAAGUUCUGAAUAGCGGACAUAAAACGUGAAAUUGGCUGCUUUUCCUCUAAAAAUGAAGAGUGUCAAGUAUAUGUGCUCCCGAAAAGGUGUACGGUUUCUGGCAGGCCGUUGCAGAGGAGGUUCUUUAUAUCGAAAAUUUCCAUGACCUUGAUUUGCUACAACAUAAAUCCUAGCGUGGCGUAACGUUGCCACCGUAAACUUACCCUUCAACAAGGAUUCCGUCGAAUAAUUUGUGCUUCAAUUCUGCUGCAGUUAUGUGUUUCUAUUAAUUAAAUUGACAAAGCUUAAUAUAUAUAUCAAAGGGUUAGGAAGCUACUGAUGGAUUGGUUUUACGAAUCAACUGAAAAGACUAAUUUGACAGUAACUCUGUGUGCAGAAGUAAAUCUUGUUAUGUUCUUUUUGAUAAGCAUUGGGUUAUAAAAGCGGAUAUCGGUUGAAAUUACUGCUUUUAUGGAAUGGUCUUUGAAGGAAGAAUAUUUUCUUUAGGAGGAUACGAAGCUUUGCUUAAAUACUGCUUUAUAGCAACGAACAUUAAAUAAAACUCUUGUUCGUAUUGUAAUAUGCUUAUUAAUCCUAAUUAUGCUCCUGAGUUUCACUGUUCGUUAAAGCGCCUAGAUCGGCUAUCCUUCUUGCCAUGAAAAAGUGAACUAUCAGAAAUGCGAAACGAAAAUUAAAAAUUUAAGUUCAAUGAAAGGUCUUUUAUGGAAGUCGUAAUCCCUCCAGAAGUUUAUUUGUUAGCAUGCGAAAGGCUUAGCAAGAAUGCUAGUUCAAAUAAAUUAAUCGUGAUUACCUUGUGGGUAAUUCAGCUUCAAGAAAUAAAUUCAAAAUUCAAAAAAAUUUAAAAAAAAAUUUAAAAAAGUUACUCUGUAAUAAACUGCUAGAAGCAUUAAGCAAACAUAUAGAGAACACUCUUCAAAUUCUAAAAUCCUGCAGUAAGAAGCGAAUUUGUGCAUCCUGGCAUUAUACUACUUUUAGGUUCUGAAACUAAUUAAAGUACUCGG